UGCACACCUUUUUAAAAUUGCAUGAAAUGGCAAAUUAAAUCAUUCGGUAAUUGUGAAUUCGAUUAAACUUGUAAUCAUCGUUUUUGUCGUAUUCAGUCGUUAAUUUCGUUCUGAGCAACAUUGUUGGUUGGACUGUACAUUUCCAGUGGCGCUGAAUAAUUCAUUAUGUAACUACAGACACAGGUGACACAGAAGCAGUCAUUCAGGAAUAGAUUGUGAGCGUGAUCAAGCGAGUUCGAAACCGCAAUCUACUCGAUUCAGCGCCGGCGCGGAUUUACGGGAAGCCCAUCGCAUCGCCAUCAACCGCAGUUCUUUGUUGUGUUCUAGUUUGCUGCGCGGCGAGUUCCUCUCGCAGUUUCAGAAGUGGUUCUGCGUUGUGCUUCUGCUUUGUGCUUCCACCUUGUUCACCCGUGGCACGUUUUCGAGAUGUUUGUGAUUGUUCACUUCACUGAACGAGAUGAAGUCGAGAUUGUGCCAGGUUCUUGGGUUAAGGGAACUGUGUGUCGAUGGCCAAAAAUCCCGUCACACAAAGCACGGAAAAUGAUCACCAAAGGAGCUCCUAUAGCUGGGCCUUUCGAGACCUAUCAUAUCACAGUUAAGGGAGUUUUUGGAACAUACGAGGAAGCCAAUGAAAAACUGGAUGUUAUCCAGUACACGUCGGACAUCAAUACAGACUCUGGUACAGACGCUGGAAAGAGGAAGCGUUACCCGCCGCAGUACCUUGAGGACACUGUAGCGUUUACAACACAGCGAAAGAGGCGGCAGCCCCAGCCCAUGCCAGCUCUAUCCGACUCUGAUCCAGAUGAGGUCAUAGUGUCAUCUAUUCCUGACAGCUUGGCACAGUGUAAUACAGCAAAAAAGAGACAGCAGUCCCAGCCCUUGCCGGAUACAUCUGACUCUGACCCAGAUGAGGUCGGCAUGCCAUCUGUUCCUGACAACUUUCCGCAGUGCAAUACAGCAAGAAAAGCCAAAGCUGAUGCACCUUCUCAAGGAUCCAGUUGCAUGGCCACGCAAAGACAGUAUUGCAGCACUACUGAAGGAGCUGGUGAAAUGCACACUGGAAUACAAGGAACACAGCAGCCGAAGACUGCCAUGGAUCAAGAUGGUAGCACUUUUAACAAAGUUAAAACAGAAUUUCAGAAGCAAGUUUUGAGGCUUCUACACGUUGUGCGCUUCACGCUGCAGCAGCACAGUGAUGUACUUCAGGCGAUCUGCAACCAAGGUGUUAACAAUGCGGUGGGACAAACUGCACCAAACUUCCUUGUGAAAGCUGCAUUUGCAACGUCAGAGGCCCUUGAGGAGUUUAGUAAAUCUCUGAAUGAAGAGCGACAGGCCCAGCUGGUUGACGAGUUCUCGCACCUUGGAGGGACUGAUGUAAGGCAUGCAACAAGGAGCAUUCUCUCAUAUUUGCUUACGGACACGGUUGCGCGGGAGUACAGCUGGCUUGGACAGAAAGGAAAACGGAAGUUCAGCAUGCUGAAGUUCCCUGCCCUUAUUUUUCAGGCAGUUAGAAGAGACAAGAAGCUAGCAACGGCAACGAAAUCAGAAGUGGAAGGCGCCAUCAAAUCCUGGCUCCGCCAUGCGAACGAGAGAUGCAAAUCCAAGGAAGCCGAGAGUGAAGGCUGAGUCAGACAUCAAGAUUAUUGUAUUGUUUAUAGUGUCUUUGGUACAAGUGAUGUCAAGGUCAACUCUAGUCACAUAGAUUGAUGUGAUAUAACCAUUUUAUAUAAUCAUUUUAUCUAGACGUACAGUCAUAUUUUACAGCACAUCUGUGCAGAAUAAGAGUGUGUGGCACGUGUGCUCGUAUUUGCGUACUAGUCUCAGACCUCAAGGUAUUUUUUUUUUUUUUUGUUAAGGUCUCAUAUACACGUCACAGAGUUAAUAACUACAAAAAUGAGACUCUCGAACCGGACGCUGAGUCACGAUAUGGAGGAAGGCAUGAGGCAGUGAAGUUCACAACUGUGGCUAAUUUUAGAGCUGGUAUUUUUUCUACUACAAGUCCUUUCUGGAGGUCUGAAAUAUUUUGUUUAGCAAUUUUGUUGUCCCAUACUAUUUAGUGUGUGUUGCAGGAGUUAGCAAAUGACCUAUAACAUUUUCGAGCACUGCGGUCAAGUGCCUUACCCUAUCCAUCUCUCUGUGAACCUAUCAGUUUAGUCGUUUAGCCAAUGAGUGUAUGAACAAAACGGGACAUACACCACGCUAUUCACCUGUAUUGCCUAAGUAACAUCAUUUCGUUUGACGCAGCAAUGAAAACUAAAUUUACUGGAACCGUGAAGGUCGGGGCACACACGCCGACUUUGUUAAUGGAGCGGAUACCUACAACAGGACAUGUCUCUCAGUGUUGGCAACCAGAGUUACAGUAAAUUUAUUUUUCUUUGCAGCAUCACACAAGAGAAUGUUACCUCAGCAGUAUAGCUCAACAUUGAUGUGUACGUCUCCUAUUGAUAUUGCUGACCAAGAGCGAGAGAGGCACUGCCUCCAGAAUGCAAGCCAAUACGAGAGUGCGGAGGGCGUGCACUUCUGAAGCCUCUAAUCUCGCAUAAGAGAUCGCACUGUGUUAUCGUCGUGUCGCGUGUCACAAGGUUUCUGCCAUGGUGCAGCAGUCUAACCGACAGCUUCGCUGAACGUUACCCAGCAGCUACCAUUGCUUUGCCUGCCACAGGGCUUCUUCCAAGGUGCACCAGUCUAAACAACACCCUCGCCAUCCGUUAACCAGCAUACACACAAUUCCCGAAUGGCUCAUUCACUGGUUGACAGAUGACGAAGCCGUUGGUUGGGUUGGUGCGCCAUGGCAGAAGCAUUGCAGCAGGCAAAACAACGGUAGCUGCUGGUUAACAGAUGGCGAAACUGCUGAUUACAUUGGUGCGUCAUGGCAGUAACGCUGCGCCACCUCUUAGGCGAGGAUCUGUUCACAUUCUUAUUGGCCUGCAUUCCGUCAUGGUCAGCAAACACAAGGAUAGUUAGGAAAGAUAAGACUGUGAUACUGAUGCUACAUGUGAUACUGCGAUAUUGCUCUCUCAGGUAUUAUGACCUGAUUUAAACACUGUUUACACUCAGCAGAGCAUACCACUUCUAUUUCCUUUUUUCCAGGGUAGCAUCCUGUCAAGCUAGCCAUAUAGCCGCACUCAUUAUCAAUUCUAGUUCAUGGUUAAAACUAUGUGACAUUAUUAUUUCAUUUAGUAUAUGUAGUUUAACAUGGAAAUUGUAGCUUACUUGUAUACUCUUUUUUGUUAUAUAAGCUCAUACAAAUGUGAUUCUUUCUUUUUUCUAAGAACAAUUGUUUGUUCAUUCUUGCAGAAUUUGCAAACAGAGAUCUGCCGAGUAUUAACUCAGUUUGUUUAUUUUAAACCAUGUGUGAACAGUUGCAAGAGAAUCAA